CUGGCUCUGCCGGUUGGGGCUGUGGGGCUGCUGCUGUGGCGAGGGAGCCGCCGAGCUCUCCUUGGACAGGGCGCUGGUUUUGUUAUGUCUCUAGGGGCUUGUGUACGCUUCAGCCGGGACCGUGUUUUGCAACAUUGGCAAGCGAUUGGGCGCAGCUGUCUCCUUUCGCACCAAGUCGCCGCCGCCGCCGCUUGUUAGAGGGGGCGCUUGCUGUUGCCAUUGUCCUGGCGGAGUCUCAAUCGCAACUUUCUGCUGAAGAAGAAACCCGCAAGAACUAGGGGAACAGGGUCCGGCUGCGCUUUGCAGAGGCCGAGGAGAGAUGGAUUGGUUGUCAUUUCGGUGGCUCAGGAUGGAGCUGAGGUCUGAGAUGCCCAGUGUGCCCUCGGCGCCCACUUCGGUGCCGCCCAGCUCGGUGGCGGCGGCCGCGGCCGCAGCAGCGGCCAGCCUGCCGGUGAGCGUGGCCGGGAGCCUCCUGCGGGCGCCGCCGCUGCUCCUGCGCGCGGCCGAGAAGUACCCUCGCACGCCCAAGUGCGCCCGCUGCCGCAACCACGGCGUGGUGUCGGCGCUCAAGGGCCACAAGCGCUAUUGCCGCUGGAAGGACUGCCUGUGCGCCAAGUGCACGCUCAUCGCCGAGCGCCAGCGCGUCAUGGCCGCCCAGGUGGCGCUGCGCCGGCAGCAGGCGCAGGAGGAGAACGAGGCCCGCGAGCUGCAGCUGCUCUACGGCACCGCCGAGGGGCUGGCCCUGGCCGCCGCCAACGGCAUCAUCCCACCGCGGCCCGCCUACGAGGUCUUCGGCUCGGUGUGCAGCGCAGACGGAGGCACGGGGGGUUCAGAAGUCAAGCUGCAGAAGUUCGACCUGUUCCCCAAGACGCUGCUGACCACCCGGGCCGCCACCCCGCAGCAGGCCAAGCCGUUGUCUCCGGACGGCACGGACGGCGCACCGGGCACCUCGUCUCCGGAGGCGGCCCGCCACGGCUGCGGCUCGGGCUCGGAGAACGGCGACGGCGAGUCCUCGCUCAGCUCGCCCGUUUCGAAGGGCGCCAAGGACGGCUGCGCGGCCGAGGAGGAGAGCCCCGGCUCCAUCAGCCCGCUGGGCUCCGACUCAGGCUGCUCUGAGGCGGAGCGCGAAGAAGCAGGAGCCCCUUCGCCCGGGCUGGCGGCGGCGGUAGCGGCGGCCGGAGGCAGCCGGCAGCAGCGGACGCCCUUGGACAUCCUGACGCGCGUCUUUCCCGCCCACAAGCGCAGCGUGCUGGAGCUGGUCUUGGCCGGCUGCGGCGGGGACGUGGUGCAGGCCAUCGAGCAGAUUCUCAACAACCAUCACCAUCACCACCGCGGGGCGGGCAGCCCCGGCCAAGGCCUCGCCGUCGCAGCAGCCGCCGCUUCAGGACUGAGCACGGCGGGGCCCGAAAAGGCGAGCGACGAGAGCUGGGUUCGGGCUGCCGGGGACACGACUACAGGGCCUCUGGGUGGCCUGCAGCCUUCGCCCGCCGGCGCCGCCGCUCACCACCGCCCCCUGCUGGCCGGCGCCAUGACCCCCGCCAUCGGCGCGCUGGGCAGCCGCUCGGCCUUCUCGCCCCUGCAGCCCAACGCCACCCACUUCGGCGCGGCGGCGGCGGCCGAGGCCAGCGCGUACCCUCUGGGCACGCACCUGGGGCUGAGCCCGCUGCGGCUGGCCUACUCGGCGGCGGCGGCGCACAGCCGGGGGUUGGCCUUCAUGACGCCUUACUCUACAGCCGGGCUCAUGCCCACGCUGGGCUUCCGGCCGCCCAUGGAGUACGCCUUCAGCGACCUCAUGAGGGACAGAUCCGCCGCCGCCGCCGCUGCAGCCGCUGCUGCUGCCGCCGCCGCCAGUGCGCACAAGGAGCAGGCCUACCCCAACGGGCUCUACGGGCCCUUAGUCAACAGUGCCCCAGAGAAGCAGUAGGACAGGCCCAGGACAGGGCCGCGCAUCCCACACGAACCCCGGGCCUGCUUAUUAUACUGUACACGUGUAUAUAUAUACAUGCAU